CUCGGCUCUCCACCCUGAAGACAAGCAGAACAUCUAAAUACAAACAGGAGACCGCUUAAAGUCACCGACCAUUUGACAGAUCUGCACUCCAACUUCGAUCUAAAUGCGACUUGUAUGGUCUCGUAAAGUUAAGUUUACUUAAAGCAAACAGCGGUGAGGCUCCAGUGCAGAGACAGACACUGCACACACUGUGAUGGGCGAGUGCGCGUUUCAGAUAUUUAGUCAACCACCCGACGAAUGCAUCUACGAAAUCCUCCGGUUGUGACAUUUCCACGUACUAAAGGUGCGAAUCCUGUACGUUAAAAUCACAUAACACAGGUAUGGAUGAAGCGGAGUCCAAAGAGUCGGUGCACAAAGCUGAGAAGACAGAAUCUCGCUCAUUAAUAAUAAAAGCUGAGGAAGAGGCGGCGACACCGCAGCGGGGACACUUGGGGGACCUCUCAGCAGGUCAAGAGGGCAUGACCAAUGGUCUCACAUCUCAUAACAGCCAGGACGUUCCCGUCACCUCUGUAUGCUCCCCAGGCACCAGUUACUGGUGUGUCUCUGAGAACGCAGACUCUCCUUUCCUUCUGUCUCCAAUCCCAGGACCAUCUACAAAAGACCCUCCUCCAUCAAAGCACACACCUGGCCGAGACCACCGGCGCUAUUACCAUGAGUACUGGCGCAGCGAAUACCUCAUGGACUUCGACCCACAGAGACAAGGGAUGAUCUGCAUGGUGUGUGGCAGUUCACUGGCCACCCUGAAGUUAAGCACCAUCAAGAGGCACAUCAAUCAGAAGCAUCCGUACUCGCUGCUGUGGACCGAGUCCGAUAAAGAUGUGAUCCGGUCGGGAUGGGAGAGUCAUCUGAAUCGAGAAAACAGCCAGCCGUUAUGUCCCGAAAUAAACAUACAUGGUUCAGCCUCAUUUAUUCCUCUGAAUGUGGAUCCCAUUCAAGAAAACUUGAUGAACUACACAAGAGGAGAUGAGAAUCCACCAGACACUGGCCAGAGAUCCCAGUCCUUACCUUACUAUCCCAGAAAGAGAAGACUAAAAUACGGCAGCCCCUGGCGUCUCCGCCUGGAUUAUUUAGUGGCGUACGGUCCUCCGGAAAACCCGCUCUGCUACUGUAUGGUGUGUUCUGAACACCUGCCUGUGCCGAGGGUCAGCAACUUCCGCAAGCACAUCCAGGAGUGCCAUCCGGAGAUGAGUAGCCUCAGCCGAAGUGAGAGAGAUGCCGUGGUCAGCGCCUGGAUAAAAGAGGAGAAAAUCGACAAGGCUACACCGAAAGAGGAUGACCCACAAAGUGGCCCUGUCACUACAAACGCUGCUGGUGGCAUGCAGGUGUCUCCUGUGAAAUCCACAGAGCAAGGAGUUGAAACAGAAGACAAUAAUAGCACAAAUAUCACACCAUCAACGCAGAUGCCUGGGCGGCACAGGCACUACCCGGGGAAGGACCAGCGGCGCAAUUACCAGGCCCGCUGGAAGAUGGACUUCCUGAUGGACUACGACUGCAGGAAGCAUGGAUUGAUCUGCAUGGUGUGUGGUGCUACGCUCGCAACGCUAAAGGUCAGCACCAUCAAGAGACACAUCCUACAAGUGCACCCUCAUUCGCUGGACUACAACCCAGAGGAGAGGCAGCUGGUCCUGCUUUGCUACAACCAGAUCUCAGUGCACUUUCAUUCGGACGACUGUUUUUCGGGUUCGAACCACGGCCAUAAAGAGCAUGCUAACGGCAAUGCUUAUAUGAAUACCGAAUGCACUACGAGCCAGAGCACUUAAU